UAUGAGGCAGGCACCGAGAUAUUAUUUCAAGCAAUUAUCUCUCCAUCCAUCUUCGCACCUUCCAUUUUCGUUUCACCUCUAGAACCUUCCCCUCUCUCCCCAAAAAGCACUCACCGCCAGAGCAGAAGAUCAGCCAAGGCAAGCAAGAAGAAGAAGAAGAAAUCAGAAGCAACGAAACGAUGUCGUGGCAGCAGUUCGUCGAUGACCACUUGAUGUGCGAUAUUGACGGCAACCGCCUCACCGCCGCGGCAAUCCUCGGCCAAGACGGCAGCGUUUGGUCUCAGAGCGCCACCUUUCCUGCGUUUAAGCCUGAAGAGAUAGCUGCCAUUCUGAAAGAUUUCGACCAACCCGGAACGCUUGCCCCAACUGGGUUAUUCCUUGGUGGGACAAAAUAUAUGGUGAUCCAAGGUGAAGCCGGUGCUGUCAUUCGAGGAAAGAAGGGCUCUGGUGGCAUUACUGUUAAGAAGACCAAUCAGGCCCUCAUCAUUGGUAUAUAUGAUGAGCCUUUGACUCCAGGGCAGUGCAACAUGAUUGUUGAAAGGCUUGGCGAUUACCUUAUCGAGCAGGGUCUGUAAUUGCUCCGUGACUAUUUUAUUUGAAGUUGUGGUGAACUUGGUUUGAAAACAAAGUUGUUGCUUGCUGCUCGGGAUGUGAUGGGUAUAUGUAUGAACCAUUUAUCUUUGCAUUCUGGGACCUCUGGAUAUGGAUUGCCUUUGUGAAUGAUAGUGGUUUAAUUUUACGAUUAUUUUCGCAUAAGUUAUUUUCUUCCUUUUGCCUGGAAAAGCGUAUGUAAUUGGAGUUGUCAUCUCUGGAAUGCCAUGAAUGAAACGGGUUAUGUACUAAGUAGUUUUGUUCUAUCAGAACACGAGUUGGGUGAAAGACAUUAAACAUUUUUGCU